GUCGAAUGUAUUCUUUCAAUAAAAACUGGAUGAACCAGAUGAACACCAGUCUGGGUAUGAGCUAAACCAGUGUGUCAGCCUAAGAGUUUCUCAUUCUAUAAAACAGCACCCUUCAGUCUCCUGGGUUCAGUGUCUUCCCUUCUAGACUCUUCUCUCCAGCUUCUCCUCGGGAAAAUACACAGCUGUCUCUUCCUGUUCCAUGUGUAAGACUAUAGCUUCAGCAUGAACUGUAGCAACUACUACCUACUACAUAACUACUGAUAAGAAUCUUCACUUCAACAUGACUACAAAGAUGGUCAUUCAACAGCCCCAGGCAUUCGCCAUGGCAACGACAUCCAACCAAUGGAGCUCAGGCAUCUGUGACUGCACUAAAGACAUGAAAUCUUGCUGUUUGGCGUUUUGGUGCUUCCCUUGCUUUGCAUGUAUCACAGCGAAGGAAGCAGGAGAGUGUCUGUGUCUGCCGCUGCUUGACUGGUUCGGAGCCAUCCCCCCCGCCACCAUGUCCCUGAGAGCUUCUCUACGCCAUCGCUACGGCAUCGAGGGCACCCUAUGUAAUGACUGUCUGUACUCCGUCUUCUGUUUGCCCUGUACCUGGUGUCAAAUGUCUCGAGAGAUGAAGACCAGAGUGCAACCCAUCACCCUCAUCAAUACACGGCCUCACUAAGAACCUGGUCAUCAUUAUCAUCAUCAUCUUCAUCAUCAUAAACACACAAGCUGGAUAGCUGUGUACACACUGCCCUAUCUGUUACCACUGGUUCUGUGUCAUCUCCACUGGUAACCAUGACACAUCUCACACACACUGUCGUCAUCACACGCACUGCCAACGUCAAGACUCACAUCCCACAUGUGGCGGAUCUCCGAUCAGUUGGGUCUGGUGUGUCUCUUUCCUCCAGUCACACUGUCACGCCACACUGUUCACAGACAGAUCCUGUAUCCUGAUGGUGCACCUGUCCAGCCCAUUCCCAGCGAAUCCUGUCUAGUCUUGUGCAGCCUAACCUACCCCUUCAACAUCGCUAUUUUACUAAUGAGCUGUUCUGGUAAUUAUUCAGUUGGAUAAUGUAUCCAUUCUCUUUGCUUCCAUGCUCUGCUGAUACUGUACAGUAAAGCUCAGCAUUUAGAGUAAAACCUUUGUGAAAAUAUUGAAUAUUGUUGAAGCAGAUAUAUAUUUAACACAAAGACUUUAACCUAGAAUAAAUAUUUUGCUGAUGCUUGCCCCAUCCAUUGGUACUCUUUGGUCUAUGUAAAAUACACUUCUGUAAACAUGUUCAAAUAACAAAUCACUCAUCCAGACAGCCUCUUCUUAAAAAACAUUACAGAACCACUAUGUUUAAAAUAUUUAUUCCUGUAUCUCAUUUAUUGUAAUAAAAUAUAUCUGUAUGAGA